UAUUUAUAAUCGACUGGACAAUAUUCUUUCGCGAGGUCUAGUGCGGGAGCUCUGAAAAACAUAAUGUGAAGAUUUUUGUAUAGGACAUGCGCAGAUGUGGGAUGCCAUAUUGCAGAGAGAGAGAGAGAGAGGGAGAGAGAGAGAGAGAGAGAGAGACAGAGAGAGAGAGAGAGAGUGAGCUUCAGUCUGCGGAGGUAAAAAGGGGGAAUCGCCGAAUUUCACAGGCUCCAGGAAACUUCAUUAAGGCCUCAAAUCACUGUGAGCUGACAAAGUGGGAAACGGUCAUCAGGACUCUCCGUCUCCAAGGCAACAGCCUUCAUAACGAACUCAUGAUGACAUCAGCAGGGAGGAGCACACAGAGCCCGUCCAAUGGGAGAGCAGAACAUGGUCACUCAGAUAUGGAGUGUGGAGAAGAGGAACUGGACUUUAACUGGGAUGAGUAUCUGGAAGAAACAGGAGCCACAGCAGCUGCACACACCUCAUUCAAACAUGUGGAACUGAGCUUGCAGAGCAGUUUCCAGGCUGGGAUGAAGUUGGAGGUGGCCGAUAGGAGUCAUGCUGACACAUACUGGGUGGCUACCAUCAUCACGACAUGCGGCCAGCUGCUGUUGCUGCGCUACUGUGGCUACGGUGACGAGCGCAGCGCUGACUUCUGGUGUGACGUCAUGACUGCAGAGCUGCAUCCUGUGGGCUGGUGUGCGCAGAACAACAAACUGCUGCAGCCCCCUGAAGAUAACGUUUACCUCAGAACAGCUAUUAAAGAGAAGUACAGCGACUGGACUGAGUUUUUGGUCAAGGAACUCACAGGCUCACGAACAGCACCAGCUAACCUGCUUGAAGGGCCUUUGAGGGGUAAGAACACUGUGGAUCUAAUGGUGCCCGGGUGUGUGUUAGAGAUCCGUGAUGCCAGCGAGCCGUUUAUAUACUGGCCAGUGCGAGUGCAGCGAAACGUCGGUGGACGUCUUUGGCUCAGCUAUGUGGGAUUUGAAGAGCCUGCCUUCAACAUAUGGAUUUUUUACCUUGACGUCAGGCUUCGUCCGCUGGGCUGGGCCAAAGAGAACUGUCUCAAAAUGGAACCACCAAAAGAAUUGCGUGACCUGAGGAGCAGUACAGAGUGGAUUGAGGCUAUAGAGACAGCCACGUCUGAAGCCCUGGAUAGACCCCUGCCUCUGGAGGUCUUUAAGGAUCAUGCCGAUUUGCGUAAACACUCAUUCAAAACGGGGAUGAAGCUGGAGAUGGUAUCACCACAAGAACCCUUCCACAUCUGCCCUGUUUCGGUUACUAAAGUAUAUAAUGAGUACUACUUCCAGGUCACUGUAGACGACCUGAGCGGUGAAGCCCCACCCUGCUCGGUGCUGUGUCAUGCCGAUUCUCCAGGCAUCCUGCCAAUCCAGUGGUGUUUGAAGAAUGGUGUUAGUCUGCAGAGGCCUAGGGGUUUCCAGUCUCAGGACUUUGACUGGGCAGACUAUCUAAAGCACACGGGUACUGAGGCUGCCCCAGAUGCCUGUUUCCCCAAUGCGUCACAGAGUCGGGGCUUCCAUAAGGACACAUGGUUGGAAGCUGUAAAUCCACUUCAGCCAGCUGAAAUCAAUGUUGCACGCAUCACUCAGGUUAAAGGUCGGCUACUCUGGCUACGAUAUGAAGGCCUGACCAAACCCCUAGCCGAGUGUUUAGUGGAUGUUGAGAGUAUGGAUAUCUUCCCUGUGGGCUGGUGUGAAGCUAAUGUGUACACUCUAACACCUUUACGCAAGGCAGUGUGUCAAUCUGUAAAGAAGAUUGCUGUGGUGCAGCCGGAGAAACAAUUAGCUCCUCCACCCAAAGAAACUGUCUCUCUGGACCACUGCCAGUCUGUUGCCAUGGACACAGUUUCAGUAAAUGGAAAGUACUGCUGCUCUCAGAUCUUUGUGAAUCAUCACUGUUUUUCUGGGCCAUACCUCAACAAGGGAAGAAUCGCUGAGUUACCACAAGCUGUGGGGCCUGGCAAGUGUACACUGGUCCUUAAGGAGGUACUGACGAUGUUGAUCAACUCGGCCUACAAGCCUAGCCGUGUUCUCAGAGAGCUACAGUUGGUGGUCGAUCCACAGUGGAACUGUCUGGAGGAAACCCUCAAAGCCAAGUAUAAAGGGAAGAGUUAUCGCGCAAGUGUGAGGAUUGUGUCUUUGGCUGAGCAGGUGACAGAUUUCUGCCGUAGAGUGUGUACGAGACUGCAGUGCUGUCCAAACCUGUUCGGUCCUACACUCAUCUCGGAGAAGUGUCCAGAGAACUGCUCCACACACACCAAGACCAAGUAUACACAUUAUUAUGGAAAGAAGAGGAAAGUUGGCCGUCCCAGUCUGGGGGAGUGCACCAAGGACGGCGACACGGUCAAACCGGCCCGUCGCAGAAAAAAACGUAAAGCCGUCUUUGUUCAAAAGAAGCGGCGCUCUACUGUUACAGGAUACCACGCCAUGGAGUCACCUCAGGACAGUGAUGAUUUUGAUGAUUUUGAUGAAGAGGAAGAGGAGGAGUCGUACAGUGGGGAAAGCUCCAGCUUGGAGCUGCGUGAAGAUGCUCCUGUGAGCCUCUCUACACGGCGAGGCCGACCCUGCAGGUCGCUCACGCUGCCCGGAACCGAGACGUCCACAGAGAGGCCAUCGCUGCGCAGAUCAACGCGCACACACUCUUACACACACAACCAGGCAGCCAAGAACACACACACAAAGACGACACAUGCAGAAGAGGAAGAGAGCCGCUUGGUUCUAGAGAAGAAUCCUCUGGAGUGGAGCGUGUCAGAUGUAGUCAACUUCAUCAUGUCUACAGACUGUGCCUCACUAGCCAAGAUUUUCCAAGAUCAGGACAUCGAUGGCCAGGCCUUGUUGUUGCUGACCCUUCCCACUGUUCAGGAGUGUAUGGAUCUAAAACUCGGCCCUGCUAUCAAACUCUGUCACCAGAUCGAGCGCGUUAAAGUGGCCUUCUACUCCCAGUAUGCUAAUUAAGAUAACACAGACUAACAUCUAUUUCUCUCAGUGGAUAAACACACUUGAUACACAGUGCUCAGGGCCUGUCAUAAAAUAAAUAAAUAAGUAAAAAUACACAACUGGCCAUAUGCUGCAAAGCUGAAAGCACAGUGCUUUCCUGAAGAACUCCUGCUGUUGAACUUCUGCUGAAGAACUUCUGCUGAAGAACUUCUCCAACCCCUCAGCUGUUUAUGAGGAAUGGAUGAAACGGGAUGUCAGGGUGGACAACAGAUGACGGCUCUUGAAGAAAUAAGAAGUGACAGUACAGAUAUUCUGCAUGUUUGUUUGUUUGAGGUAACUGAAGCAGAUGCUUGAAAGGAUCAUUUCUGCUAUAAACAGCAAUAUCAGGACAACAGGGUGUUUCUCAAUAACAAAUAUGAGAGCAUUCUCACAAAGAUAUCUUACUAACUCGGGUCAAUUUGACGUUCUGCGUGCUCGCCUUUAGCGCUUACAGCUUCUGGCAUCCUAAGCCAUGAAAUUAAAGCUUGCUAAGAUUGGUGUUAGACUUGACACAUGACUGUGUGCACUACACUACGAUCAGGUGCAGUGGCUUGAUAAAUAUAUAUUUUUAAAUCUAACAGAAAUGACCUGGGGCAAUCAUAAAUCAAACAUUUUUAAUUUGAAUUGAUAAUUUAAAUAGAUUAUUAUCCAAAAAAUGAGACGUGUGCUGAGGUGUAAAAAUAAUGAACAUUUUGAAGGUUAAAUGAUUUAAAUAGGCUAUCAAGGUGACUUUGAUCAUCAUCAGUCAGUCACAUAUUACAUUUACAUCAUUUAGCAGACACCCUUAUUCAGAGCGACUUACUUUUUUUAUCUCAUUUUUUAUACAACUGAGCAAUUGAGGGUUAAGGGCCUUGCUCAUGGUCCCAGCAGUGGCAGUUUGGUGGACGUAGGAAUCGAACUCACAACCUUCCGAUUGGUAGUCCAACACCUUAACCACUAGGCUACCACAUCCCACAUAUCAAUUGGAGUCUUCUAAAACGAAUCGUAUCAUUUCCUUUCAGAUUCAGUGGCAUAGUCAAAAAUAAAAUUUUUAUCAAAUCGUGUCACGUGCAUGCCUGAGAUUUACACUCCUGGUGUGAAUGCAGCACAAAUGCAAUGCACAUUUAGUCACAUACUACACCAGGGGUCUCCAAACGGCUGAUGUAGGUGGAGGUUUUCAUUCCAAUCAAAACUAGUUCCACCUGUUCAUCAUUUUGGCUGAGGUUUCUUCUUGGUUAAAAUGAAAACUUACACCUACACAUGACCUUUCUGGAUACGACUACACGCCCGCUCUAGAGGAUUUAAAAAUCUUUCCACUUGGAGCCACGUCAAAGCCAAAUCAUACCUCAAUAGCCACUGACCACUUCCUCUUGUUCUGAACAACAAAAUAGAGUACAAGCAGAACAUACUCUAAAAAAAAUUUAAAGCGGCAUUAUAGAAGGUAAAAAACUAUAUACAGCUGUUAACACGAUCUUUUAGAGAAAAUUCACAUUCAUAGAUACUUGCAGCAUUCACACUGGUAUUGCACCAUUUUUUUUUUUUUCAGAUGUGCACAAUCAACGUGAUGUAAGAAUGCAGAAUAUGUGUACCAACCAUCUCACAUAUGCACACGCACUUAUAAGAGCCUAAUGGCUAAUCCUAAUUUCACAGGAUUUUAUUGUUAGCUAGCUGAUCUAAGCUAAGCCUUGUCUGUUCAUCACUGCAUUGCAAUAAAUUACAGCUCUCUCAGUUCAUUCAGGUUAGUCAUGUAGCUGAUGAAUCACUAAUUCGUGGGAAGCACCCAGCUGUUUUAAACAUUUUUACAUACUUAAGGAGAGGAACUGAACUUUGGCAGUGGAGCAUGACGUACAGCAGUACACAAGAACAAACAAGAACACAUUGAGAAACACCCAAUAUUCCUGUUAAAAACUCUGAUUCACCACCACAUCUGUCUGCAUUUCCCCUUCAAAGACCAAACGAUAUAUUUAUAAGUAUAUUUAGACUCGAAGGAUCAGUGUAUAAAAUUAAAUAAUAUAUUUGAGAUAUUUAUUUUGGCCUGAUGAACAGGUGCUCUCAUGUUGGAUUUUUUUUUUUUUUUCCUUUCAUUUUGUUGAUUUUAUUUUUUCCUUUAUUCCAAAUUGGGAAAGUACAAAUUGGUUCACUGUUGUUUGUAUCUACUGCUUUGUACAAAAAAAAAAAAAAAAACAGUGGACACUGUAUGGAAAUAUCAUCUAUGCAAAAACAAGACUUUUCCUAUGGUCAUUUUUUUCUACUUUGCUGUAUGAUAUGAUGCUUUCUUUAAAACUUCUUUGUAAAUAGGUUGUGUACUAAUUUUAUUACCUAACUAGAUUUUACUAUUUUAAUACAACAUUGUGAUGCACUGAAAAAAAGGAGCUGGAAUUUUCCCUUUUGUAAUGUAUUAUUAUUAUUAUUAUUAUUAUUAUUAUUAUUAUUAUUAUAUGCCAGAAACAGAACGUAUCCUAAUUACCAAGGGGGAAAAAAAGGUCAGCGCAAGUAGAACCAUUAUAACAUGGCCAAUACAAUGGCAUAGAAAUCCAAAUAUCCUGUGACUAUUUACACAUUUGACUAAAAUGAUACAAUUGAUGAAUGAUGCUGUAAAUCACCAACUGCCCGUAAAAUAGUGAAGAACUUUUCAGACAACAUGGAGUUUUUUUCUUUAACGACCACGAAGUGUUUGUGUUAUAUACAGUCCCAAAGCAAAUUCACUGUUUAUUUUGGGUUUUUUUUUAUAGACUGAAGCUUUAAUGGUUUGAGAUCAAACGAUGAAUUUAAGAGGAAAGUUUAGAAUUUCAGUUUUUAUAUGUAGAUGGUUUAAAUGGCUGCACAUUUUGUAUCAGACCCCUCCACUUUUAGACAAAAUGUGACUGACGGGUGUGUUUCUUGUUAUCAAGGUGUGUCCUGUUUAAGCAGUAAAUAGAUCUGAACAUUUACUUUUGGUUUUAGCCUUUAGUUUCACCUAUCAAGACUGCAUUCGAUGU